AUGAAGAAUUUGCUUCAGAUGCUGCAGGAUCUUGUCAUUUUUGUUCCACACUGGCAGCAGCCACUCUUGAUUCCAUUCCAGGUGCCAGUCUCACUUGAAGAAUUCAGACAGGCAAUUCACUCAGACAAAAAUCAUAUCUACAAAGAGUUAGCAGCAAUCUUUGACAGCAUCUUUGAUGAUGAAAAAAUGUUGAGAGAUACAAUCACACAUCUGAGGAUGGAACAGAACAACAUCACUGACCAGGCCACUGUCAAGCAAAGUCAGAUUGAUGAGCUAAUUGCUGAAUGUGAUGAACUUAGUCACACUCUGAUCCACAUGACAACUGCAGAAGAGAUAUUUGAGCACCUCAAGUCAAUAUAUGAGAAUGCUAACAAGCUGCAAAAUGUCAAGAGUGAUUAUCACAAGCUGAUUAUAUGCAAUGAGGACAAUUAUCAUGAAUUUAUCACAAAAUUCUUACACCUGGCAGAUGAGGUCAAGAUUAUCAAAGAGAACUACAAGACAGACUUCAAUGACAAGCUGUUCUUUGACCUUCAGAGAAUGAUGACAGUAGUCAAUGCAAUCAUCAAUAUAUAUGCUGAGUUUCAGAAGAUCUGUGCUCAGGCAGUUCACACCCUCCAGACAAUCAAUGCCACCCAGAAGUUAAAGAGCUUGCAGGGAAAUGAGUCUAAUAUUUUCAAGCAAAACACCCUGUGGGCCUCUGACAGUCAAACUUCCCACAGCACCUCAGCCACAAAAUCCUCUAUCAUAAAGAAAGCCUUGAGUGCUCAUUCAGAUAUUCAGUGCUACUACUGCAAGGAGAAAGAUCACAUUGCCAGGAACUGCUCUAUGAAGCAGAAGUCUCAACAGGUGAUCACUGAGCUCACAGAGAAUGACACUUCUGAGCCUUCAGCAGAUUUGAGAAAAGAGUGA